UGAUAGGAUACAGACAUCAUCUUCCACUUCACUGUAGCAGAGCUGUGAUUUAGAGCUCUAGUCAUCUCUGGAUAGCUAAUGUACCCUUGAUACUUCCAGGCAUUCUUCUACACUUCAGUGCUCUCUAACUCAAAGGUGACAGAACUAAAUGAACCUCUGUCCAAUGAAGAGAGGAAUCUGUUGUCCGUAGCCUAUAAAAACGUAGUGGGGGCACGGCGCUCUUCUUGGCGAGUGAUUAGCAGCAUUGAGCAGAAGACAUCUGCUGAUGGUAACGAGAAGAAGAUAGAAAUGGUACGAGCCUACCGUGAGAAAAUAGAGAAGGAAUUGGAAGCUGUGUGCCAGGAUGUGCUGAGCCUGCUAGACAACUACCUGAUCAAGAACUGCAGUGAGACGCAGUACGAGAGCAAAGUCUUUUACCUGAAGAUGAAAGGGGACUAUUACCGCUACCUGGCUGAAGUGGCCACUGGUGAGAAGAGGGCGACCGUGGUGGAGUCUUCGGAGAAAGCCUAUAGCGAAGCUCAUGAGAUCAGCAAGGAGCACAUGCAGCCGACCCAUCCCAUCAGGCUCGGCCUGGCACUUAACUACUCAGUUUUCUACUACGAGAUCCAGAACGCUCCGGAGCAGGCCUGCCACCUGGCCAAGACGGCGUUUGACGAUGCGAUUGCCGAGCUGGACACCCUCAACGAGGACUCCUACAAGGACUCAACGCUGAUCAUGCAGCUCCUUCGCGACAACCUAACACUCUGGACAAGCGAUCAGCAAGAUGACGACGGUGGAGAAGGCAACAAUUAGACCCCCAGAUGGACUGGCAGCCGCACGCUGAUGCUAACUACUGCAGUCUUUAUUUUUGCCUCUUUGACAUUUUUGCCAAAACACCACUAGUGGAAGUCAGGCUGGCUGUGCUGGUAUGGAAUAGCAGCCUCACUGGCAUAUGGACUGUUCUGUAGAUUAUUAAUACAAGUGGAGCUGUCUUUAAUUUAACUUUAUUGCUAGAAAUAAAAGGGUUUUAAGAUGAAAUAACUUGAAUGGAAUGGCCCUCGUUUUUAAGAAAAGCAACACAAAAAGGAAGUUCUGUGGUUCCAGUAAGGCUUAUGUGCAUUUGUUUCUUCAGUUCAAGUGCCGUGUGUUUGUUACCACGCAGCAGGGUGUCUCUCCGGAGCACCCUGCCUGUCAGGGCAUAGCUUAAAAUCCCCAAGUUGAAAAGGAAUAUUAAAAAAAUAAAAGAAUUUGGGACUUGUAAAGCCCCAGGACUUAGGCCAUUUAACCUUUUUGUUAAGAUAUUUAUUAGGGUAGCUUACAGUAUUAACACUAAAUUGCAGUUUACAGUAUUUCUACAUUACAGCCAUAUGACAUCAAGCCUUUGACUGUCUGUUUUCUUUUGCUAGUUCUUUUGGCUUGCCUUCCUAAUCAGUCCUCGCCUGUGGACUGGCUUAGCUAUUCUGUGUCGCCAAGGCAAGAAGACUGCCCGCCCGAGGAACAUCAAAGCUGCUCUAGUUUUCGGUCAACAGCUUAACAGGUGCUAGGCUAGCGGCUGUUUAAACUAUUUUAGUCCACAGCAAAAGGUUUAAGAACUUAAUUAGAAAAGGGGGAAGUGUUUAAACUAAAAUGCCACUAAAUAAAGAGAAUUCAGGUCUGUAUGUCAUGUACUGUGUCUGGUAUUUCAAAGACCAUCCUGAUUUAAGGUGCCACAGCUGCUUCCUCAGGGAUUGCACUGCCAUUUCACUCUGCCUGACUUUCUCCCACUGUACCAUGAGGUUUGUCAGCAGAUCUCUGGCACCCAGGCUCCCUUGUUUGUCAUCAGGGAAGCUGGGUGCGUUUUCUUUCUCCUGGGGAAGCUUGUGGUGUAAUGAGUGAACUUCAGGAGCUUAGAAACUAAUUUGGUAGAGAAAUCCACACGGGAAGAGCUACAAUCAUAGACAUUUCUAUCAAACAUCGGGAGCCCAGGAACUUAGUUCUCUUCUUAACAAAAUCUUUUCCAAGUCUGUCCUAUUUGACUGGGGGUGGGAGACGGGGCACCUGAACUGCCUAGCAGGUAAUAUUUACCCCAUUUUGAGUAAAUUUUUUUACAUAACUGUUGGAAGUUCACUGCUGUUCUCUUCGGCUUGCGGAGUGCUGUACCACGUAGCUUUUUAACUAAAGCUACGCAGUAGGGGAAAAUUGCACUCAUGCAUUUUUAAAACAGGCUUUCAUUGUCCCUUUUGAGAGUCGGUCUGUAAACAGCAUCGUGGUGUUGCACGCACGGUACAGUCAGUUCUGUUGUUCGGUUGCGCGGGGAGUCUGGCGCUGCCGGACUUGGCUCUGGCUCUGGCCCCUCAGUAGCAGUCAAAUGAAGUUAUUUACCCCCCUCCCCUCCCUUUUUCAGGGAGCGAGCAGAGAUGAGUAUGUAGCUGAGGUUCGGAAUGAGAUUGCCCCAAUGAUACUAGAAAAAACUUUCUGAGUUGGACCCCUUAACGCGGAAAGGCGCAGAGCCUUGCUCGCAGCAGCAAGCGCAGGCGUUAGGUGAGUGCACUGUGCGCAACACCCCGUCGCUCGCAGGAGCGACGCCGGCCGGCCGGCCGCCACCUCUGCAGCUUAGGUAGCUGACAGAAACCUACAGAAAAUGCCAUGGACUGGAAGAUUUAUUUAGGCUUCUUAACUUUUAUUUGAUUUACCUUCAUGUCCAGUGAGCAGUGUUGUCCCAGCUGUAUAAUUUGGAAGUGAUUUACUGGAAUUACAAAACCUGUUUUUAUUUUCAGCUUUUGCUCUGGCUGCUUUAGAGAAAUUAUGCAGGAAAGAUCGCACAAGAGGGCUAAAAAUGGAGUGGGGUGGGGGACUUGAUUUUUAAGCAGCUUGAAUGGUUUCUUUCAUUUUUUAAGAAAUGCACUUGCCUAUGAUACUGUCUCUCCAGUGAAAUGAUUACUGCUCCAUUACUCUAUUGAUACAAUAUUGUGCAUGCUAGUGUCGUAUUUCUAUACAGUAGCUUGAAAUUUAUUAACUUAUACUGUAGAUGUUAUGUAUUCCUAUGACAAAAUAGUCUUCAAAAAAUUUUUUAAAGUUUUUUAAUUUAUUUUUCUUUUGGGGGUAAAGUUUGCUCUACCAAAUAGUGAUCGUAACAAACUGAUCUGUUAUGGAUGUUGCUAUAGUGACAUGCAAUUAUAUAUGAUUUUGUUUUUAAAAAGGAAAAAAGCAAAAGAAAACACCAGUGUUAGCUUAAUCUUAAUGUCUGGUGUUCGUCAUGGUGAAAUUAUAACUAUUACAGUGUAGGAGAACAAUGACUGUGUUCUUUGAAUGAGCCUUUGUUUGUGCUUUUUGUCAUGUUAUGCAGUGAACUAUUUUUAAGGUCUAAUCAGUGAUUAUUUUUCCAACUCCGUGUUUCUGUAAGGAAUUAUUUCACACACGGACCAUUCUUAGCAGUUUUCCUCAGUGAUGGAAUAUCAUGAAUGUGAGUCAUUAUGUAGCCGUCGUACAUUGAGCAAAUAAACUUACAGAUCUGAUGUCAGUGCUGCUGAA